CUCGUCCUUCUCCUGGUUUAGAUUUUACCACAAACCAUUAACCAUUGAACAGUACAAAUAUUUAUUUUAAAAUGAUAAACCUUAACGCGCGCAUUUAUUCACGCUGGAUAUUGUUCAUUCUGUUGUUGAACUUGAACCAAGGAUGCAGGAGUCAGCUGUCAGAUAUAUCAGUGCAUAGUGAAUAAUAAACUUAAAGAAUAAAUGUAUAGAUACAGUUUAACAAACAGUUAAUGAAAGAAAUGAAGAAACUGCGAAAAAGCUUAAACUGCACUUGUUCCCCUGUUCUUAUCACUACCGGAGCAGUAAACCCAAUCCAGAGAAGAUGAGGUGCCACAUUCAUCUUCUUCUUCUUCUUCUUGUCUUCCAAAAUAUUGUUGCAAGAAUUAUACGGAAGAAAAUAGCCUCUGGAUUACCAAGAUUUCGUGUUUCAACUCCAGAGAACAGAAUCAUGAGGAGAAAAAGUUUAUCUCUAGCAGACAUUCAGGAUAAAGAUAUUUUUGAGUUUGCUCCAGGAGAAUAUUCCCCUAAACCACAGUUUUAUCCUCCGUCCAUUUUCCCUCCAUUUCUCUCCUCCUUUCUUCCAUCCUUCGUACCCUCUUCAUCCUUCCCUCCACCGGAUAUAUUUCCGGAUAAUAGGAGAGUAACCUAUCCUCUCAUUGCCAGGAAUUUGGUCUCAAGUGUCUCAGAUUGGUUUCAAUCUAUGAUCCAGCGAAUCCUUCCAACCAAGUCAUUCGUCUUACUCUGAGUAAUUGGUCUGAUAACUUGGCGUAGUUCUUCCAACUACUCUGAGAACAGGAAGCAAUUCUUUGUCCUGAUAUGAUGAUCGGAGCUGUUCUUCCCCCUAUUCUGAGAACAGCUGGAGGAUAACUCUGAUCAGCCCUUCCUCUGAAUCUGAGUACCCGGAUCAAUCCUUCUUCCCAGUCAGAGAACUUGGAUCAAUCCUUACUCCCAGUCUGAGAACUUGGAUAAAUCUUUCCUAACAGUCUGAGAACUUGGAGAAUUCCUCAAUCCUCCUAUGUACAUUAAGAACUCGGUGGAUAAGUCGGAUCAGCCCUUUUUCUUAAUCUGAGGACUAGGAUCAAUCUUUCGUCUUAGUCAGUCUGAGAACCCGGAUCAGUCUUUCCUUCCAAUCUGAGAACCCGUAUCAGUCAUUUCUCCCAAUCCUAAAACUCGAAUCAAUCCUUCCUGCCGUUCAGAAAACUCGGACCAUACCUUCGCCUUCUUCAGUCUGUGAACUAGGAGCAAUCCUUCCUUUAACUCUGAGCACGCGGAGAAAUACAUCUUCCUUGUCUGAGUGUUGGGAUCAACACCUCGUCCUAGUUUAAGAACACAAAUCAGUUCUUUCCCGAGAACCAAGUUGGAUUACGGUGAAGCUGGGAUUACAGUGAUAACCAGACAACUUUAAAAAUAGGAAGACGACUUUUAGAAUCAAUUCUUGAUGAAAACAAAUACACGGACGAAAUAAGUGAGCAGCGAUUCGAUGUUUCUGAAUGGUUCCCUAUUAUUGAAGAAAAUAUUUUGCUAUUAUGUAAGGAACCAAUUACGGACUAACUCUACCAGCUUUACCCUCAAAGGGGGGGGGGGAGGAAAAUUGUUUUUUUGAUCUACGAAAAAAACUUGUAUUCAACCCAAUAACAAUCUCUUAAAAACUCUAGUCUCUUCUGCAGACAAGAAAAAGGAAAGAAAAAGAAUAAUAAACCAUUUUGUUACAAAUUAGAAUCUGAAGUUGAAUGAAUUCUUGCUACAAACUCUUAUUUUCCAAUCACUAUAUCACUGCAACCCGAUGUCGAAGACCUUUAUAUAUAUUUCAACCAUGAAUUCUGUUAGGUUAAAUAGUUUAAGUUUAAAACAUCAAAGGUUUACACCAUCAGGUUGCAAAAACAUAUGAGACUAGACAAUUCGUGUUAGAGACAAAAACUCAAUUCCUAUAUCGAUAAAUUCCUUCUCUAUAAGAAAACUUCAAUUAUUAUCUAAAUCUAAAUAUUUAUUCAUU